AUGGCCCCAGCAACGGGCCCGGGAACGGGCACCCGCCAUCUUACCGAUAGGGAAAGAUACCGUGUCCGGGUUCUUUUCUUCGAUGGCCACAAGACUCGGGCCGAGAUCGCCUCCAUCACCGGAUACACCCCCCGACAGAUCACCAACGCCAUCAGGCAUGAAACGGUGGCACCCCGAACGGGCCGGCCGCCCUCCUUGACGCCCGCACAACAAGAACGGCUCGACUCCUUCGUGUCCGAAUCCGUGGAGAACAGCCGAAUGACCUACCAGAAGAUCUCCCAGACGCUCUUCGACGGCCAAGUUAGCGAGUCCGCCAUUCGCAAUACACUCCACCGCCUCGGAUACCGGCGAAAUGGCGCCUUUAAUGCCGGCGCGAGGCUCGUGCGGAGCCACCCGCGCCAGACCAACGCAUCUACUCCUUCUGGGAGUGGGGAAAUACCACCCCCAACGGCACCAACUGACACCAAUGCCGUCGAUGAGCACUGGUAUAGCCCCUUCCGACACGACGACACCUACGAUAGAAACAGACAUAGGGUCGACGAGCAUAGUGGCACCCCUCUGUACAGCCCCGACAAGCACAGGGGAAUCUAG